AUCAGAGCUUUCUCAUUUGCUUAGCAAAGAGGAUUUUGUCCCAGUUCGAUCCAUUCCCCACUUUGCAAGAAAACCCAUUUGCAACUUUUAAAAGGCCUUUAAUGUAUAAUUAAUGCAUAAAAAGAGGGGGCUUUCUUCGAAAGAUUUUUUGUUAUAUGAUGUAUAAAUGUAGACAUGGCUAUGUUCAUGUAAUCUAGAGGAUGUAUGUGCUCUAACUUAGAUACGGAUGUUGUGUUUGAAAAUCUUUAGCUUCUAGAGAGCUGACUGAUGAAUUUUGGAACUUGGGUUGUUUUUAUUUUGGAGAAUUUUCGAGGGUUAAAAACAAAUCUCUCUAUUUAGUUUUACAUGAUGAGAUUACAUUUUUGGUGGAAGCUGCUGAUUCAGAGCUUUUUCUUUUGAGGUAGCAAGAGUUUAGUGACUCCUGACAAUGAAAAUGAGUUUAAAGUUCAGUAAGGCGUUGUGGCUUCUGUGCAUAUUGGUGGCGGUUUCCAGUUUUACCCUCAGGGAAGUUGAAGCUCUCAAUGUUCAUGACAGAAAAACAAAGUUUAUUACUAAAAAAGAUAGGAUUCUAGUUGAAGCACAAAAUAAUACAAUAUCCGCUUUAACAAUUAGAACAGAGAGAGUUGAUCCUUUGGAUGAUUUGAAGAAGUAUAAAGGAGGCUAUAAUGUUACAAACAAACAUUACUGGAGUUCUACAAUGUUUACGGGAAAAUUUGGGUACAUGAUUGCGGCUAUGUGGAUCAUUGCUGGCCUAACUUAUGCUGUAAUUCUACUCAUUUCAACUAUUUUUUGUAACAGAAAGAGGAAAAUAGAGAAGAAAACAUUUCCUUGCGUUAGGAAAUACUCUAUUUGGCCCGCUGUACUUGGAAUUAUUUUCACAAUAUUAGCUUUAGUUGCGUCUGGAGUAGCUCUUGGUGGUAGCACUAGAUUCAACUCAAGAGCCAGAUCAAUCAAGAAUAUCAUUGUUGAAGCUGCUAAUAACGCUUCAUCGACGAUAUAUAGUGUUACAAAAUCUGUUGAGGCGAUGCAAAGUGAUUCACAGGUAUUUGCAAGCUUAAGUGGGUCCAACGCACUAAAUUCUACAUUACAGAGGCUUGACAGAGAGGCUGAAAAUAUACAGAAAAAGGCCGGAGGGGCUACGCAUCAGCUCAAUAAAGGUCUUGAAAUUAUGACUGUGCUGACUAUAGUCACGGUUUCAUUAAACCUGGUUGCUCUUCUUGCUUUAUUAGCAUCAGGGCCUUUGCUGAGGUUCUGCAGAAUUUUUCAUAUGCUUAUUAUUCUUUGCUGGGUAUUGACAGUCCUCUUUUGGUUAUACUUUGGGUUGUACUAUUUUCUAAACAAAUUUGCUGGUGAUACAUGUGCAGCUCUUGAUGAGUUUCAACAAAAUCCCCUAAACAGCACUCUAAGCUCAAUUCUUCCAUGUAAUGAUCAGUCUUCAGCAAAAACAAUUUUACAUGGUGUUGGUGCAGAAAUUCACAAUGUAAUCGAUCAGGUAAAUGCAAAUAUAUCGAGUCUACAAUCAUUGUCACUUCCCGGUAUGAAAUAUAUCUGCAAUCCAUUCUCAGGACCACCUGAUUACAGUUAUCAACCAGAGAAUUGCUCUUCUAAUACUAUUCGAAUAGGAAAUAUACCUCAAGUAUUGAAGAUAUACACAUGUUCAAGUGAAGCCUGUAAACAAGGAGAAUUCAUAUCAGCUACCGAUUACAGCAAAGCCGAGGUUUAUUCCAAUUCGAUUCAGAACAUAAUUAAUGCUUAUCCUAAUAUGGAGAGUUUGGUAGAUUGCCAGUUAGUAAAGGAUGCAUUCUCGAAAAUAUUGAUCAAGGAAUGCAAACCAUUGAAGAAGCACGCGCACAUGACAUGUGCAGCAUUUGCGACUCUGUCGACCACUAUGGUGAUACUUCUACUAGUAUGGAUUGCAGAAGCUCAUCGUGAGAGUAGAUAUCGAUACUUUGGUGGGUCGAUUAAGCCACAUUCGACUCCAAUAGAGAUUUCAGACGUCAAGAUAAUGGAUAUGGACUCUAGAAGUUUUGAAUUGAGAGAAGGAUCCUUUUGAUAUCACAGUCCUCUCUUUUACUUUGUUUCUCUCUUUGUUUCUUGAUAUGUUGGCUGGAGAAUCCAACCACAUGUGUAUGUUAUAGCAUGAGAAGAUGAAGAUCUUCCAUUUUAAGUGUAAAUAGAAAACUUUCCAAGAUUCAGAUGAGUAAGAAUGAUAAUCACUUUCUCAGA